GUUUUCCCGAUAGCCAACAGAAUCAUCUUUCCUGACAAGUCUACAAGAUUAGCAAGGAUCACAAAAGAAUAACAAGUGAAGUCGUACACGGAAGCCGACACUAAGGAAAGUGAGGUGCGAUGUUUUGACCAUACACGUGAUGCUGAUCACAUGACUUAUCUCCCCACAGCGCCUUCCUAAAAUGGUAUGGGCGAGAUAAAGUACCCAUCGGGGAAUUCUUCGGUCGACCAUACUGUCUCUUUCUCGAACAACUUUGUUCCAACCUCAAGUGAAGUUUUGAGGGAGAUAACUGAACAUUCCACCCCCUAUGUUGUGGGAGUUCAUUGUCCGGACGAGGGAAAUCGUGCUGCAGAAACCUGACCUUCAGCUGCGGCUGCUGGUAUGAUCCCCACGUCGCCAACUCGGAUUCCGCCGGUCGCUGAGGAUCCAAUGAUCCAAUUCCAACCGCUCGUUGUCGAAACUCCUGAUUUUCCUUCGCAAUUGAUGAUCGAUACUCACCUUCCUGUUUUGUGUUCGGGAGGCUUUCCGCCAAGCGGCGCAUUCGAGAAGUUCGAGAACACGGCGUGCAGACAGGCCCGGCGUUGGCUGGCGGCGACUCCAGUGAGCAUCGUCGGUUUCAGCCAGCGUCCAGCCCUCACCGUCAUGCCUGCUGCCACGGUGUCAUCCAUACCUCAGUCCUCGGCUCACCAACUUCUUUCUUCAGUUUUCAUGACAGCCUGCAAUAUUCGCCCGGACGGGUCGCAUAUUCACGGAGCGCGACCUUUCUUUGACCGUGGGAGAGCGAUGGGUUACUACAGUACGAGGGUAAGAGGCCGGGGGAAACGUCCACACAAGCCUUCCUCGCUUUGGCGUGAUCGCCCAUUCCUCCAUUCCUUCUCCUUGGCGCAGUCUUCCCGCAUGGACUUCCGAGUGGCCUCGGUGCCUUCCCCGCAAUUGCGGGCCAACGAAGUGUGGUGGCAACCACCCGACCUCCGAGUGGUGCCACUGCCACUGCCAACUGCCAAUGCCAAUGCCAAUGCCACGGCCACGAGAACCCUCCCCCAAACCGCAUCUUCGAUGUCCACGUCUAAUCCAGUUUAA